AUGCAGGGUGCAGCAAAAAAAUCGAAAUGCACUGCACGCUGCACGCUGGACGCAAAACGUGGCUCGAUAACUUCCCGCCUUACCUGCAUCGAUACCACUGUGCAUUAUCGCUCAUGUAUUCCCAUGCAGAACCUGAAGACUGAACCUGUAUUUGAAGCAUUGGAUAAGAUUUUCUGCCGCUACAACAAGGCAGGCUUUCAUGUCAAGACGAUCAAGUGUGAUCGGGCAUUCAUCCCUCUAUCGGAUGAUAUGCUAGACGACAUGGGUGUUACUAUUGACCCGACUGCAUCUGGAGACCACAAGCCUACAGCUGAGCGAAACAAUAGGAUGCUGAAAGAAAGCGUCAGAGUAGCUCUUGCACGAUUACCCUACAAAGUGGUCCCAAAGGUGAUCACUGAAUGUCUUGGACGUCGAGCCGCCGAGCUAUUGAAUGUCUUUCCCCGGGAAAGACAGUAUUUCCUCACAUUUCAGUCCACAGCAAAUCAUUGA